AUGGGAACUGUCAAAAUCAAUAAUUUCAUGGGUCAGGAUCACAAAGAAGACGACGACCAAGAUUUGAUUAACAGGGAUUCGCCGGAGAUCCGGGGAAGUACGCCGGCCGGCAAGGUGGCUUUCAUGUUCUUGACAAAGGGAUCCCUGCCGAUGGCGCCACUUUGGGAGAAAUUCUUUGAGAAACAUAAAGGAAAUUUCAGUGUUUAUGUUCAUACUCAUCCUCAUUAUAAUUGGACUCUAUCAAAAGACUCUGUUUUUUAUGGCUCAAUAAUUCCAAGCAAGGUUAGUUCAUUUACUACUAUUUAUAUUAUUAUUAGAACUUUCAAUGAAUAUAGUUAUUGUUGGAAUCUAGUUGGUGGAAUGGGGGUAAAUUCAAAUGCCUUGCUUGAACCCACAAAUCAAAGAUUUGUUCUCUUAUCAGAAUCAUGCAUUCCUCUCUUCAAUUUCCCAACCAUUUACUCUUACUUAAUGGGCUCGGCCCAAAACUUUGUGGAAGCCUUUAAUCAGCCCGGCCCAUCAGGCAUCGGCCGAUACAAAAGGUCCUUUACGCCUUUAGUGUUUCCGGCCCAAUGGCUCAAGGGCUCGCAAUGGUUCACCAUAAAUCGUAAUCUCGCCACAACCAUAGUUUUGGAUAGUGAAUACUUCCCGAGAUUCAAGAAUAUUUGUGGGUCCACCACGUGUCAUGCGGACGAACAUUAUUUGCCCACUUUUGUGAAUUUAAGGUUUGCUCAUCAAAAUUCAAAUUGGAGCUUGGCUUGGGUUGAUUGGUCGGGUGGUGGAAUGCAUCCUAGGUCGUUUUUUAGGACGCAUGUAACCGUUGAGUUCUUGAAGGGGUUGAGAAAUGUGAGAAGUUGCGAGUACAAUGAAGAGAAGAGAGCAGUUUGUUGUUUGUUCGCGCGUAAAUUCUUGCCCAAUAGUUUGGUUAGAUUGAUGAAAUUUGCUCCUAAGAUGAUGAGAUUUUGA